AACAAAUGGAAACUUAUGGAGAAAGUAGGUGCCAAAAGAUUGUAAGCCUGCUCACGAAGAGAGGCAGCUGAUUUGAGAUUUUGGUCUUUGUGGGAGGAAUGAUACACUGGCAGUGGCUGAUGAGGUUGUUGUGAAGAGAGACUAAGGAGUAUUAUGAGAAGAGGGAGGAGGAGUUUAGGGAGUUAGAGAAGCUUGUGUUGGGACAAGGAUGGAGAGUAAUGCAGCUUGUGAGGAGGUAUUUUGAUUCGAAAGCGUAUAUUCCGAGUGAUGUUAAUCUUCAGUUUACUUAUAUCUCACAAGUGUCUCCUUCUUUGUUCAUAGAGAAUGUUAUCAAAGAAGAUUUAGUUAUUCCACAAUUUAGGUCUUUAUAUUUAAAGUUUUAUGAAUAUUCCUCCUGACCAAAGGAUGUUGGUAAAACAAAUGAUUUCUGUAGCAAAGUAAAUGAAUUCUUACAUCAUAUUUAUGAAAAAUACCAAGAAGUAACAGAAUCAGAAUUCUCUCAGAUUCCUUUCGAAAAAUUAAUCAUUGAUUAUGAUAUUUUGGGAGCAUCAUCUCUUAAUGAUCAAUUAACCCAAUUUUUUGAAAUCAAAGAUCUAAACGUUAUAAUUCAAUUCAAAAAUCCAACCAUGAAGAGAGCUUUUGAAGCUUUAUGCAAGGUAAAAACUCUCCAAAAAGUAACCCUGUCUAAUCUGAUCGCUGGAGAGACAAAAAGUACUGUUGAAAUAAAUAAAAAGCCAAAAAGUAAAAUAACCCACAUUAUACUCCUGGAGAACAUAAUCUACCUCCCCAAAGGUCCAAGAAAGUACGAAUACAUCCCUAAAAGCCUCCACACAGUAACCCUAUCCUUCAUCGACCUCCUCAAGACCUCUUCCAUCCACAAAAACCUUUCCUCCCUCACUCUCCACCUAAUCGACAGCACUGGCCUCCACAAUUUCUACACUAAAAAAUUCAGAAAUGCCUUGAAGCUGAUCCCAGAGAAGUUAAAUGAGUACAUUCAUGAUCAAGGGAUGGAUUUCAGCUUUGAGUUGAGACAUAUUGUUACUUCUGAGUAGGGGUUAAGAAGGAAUUUGGGGUGUGGGAUUGGGGAUUUGGGGAUUUGGAGGAGAGGUUGGGUGGAUAAGGCGUGGAUGUGGGAGAUUGUGGGUUAGGUUUUUAGGGAUUGGGAAUGAGGUUGGGUUUUGUGGGGUGGUUUGUGGUUAUUGGGGGUUUUAUGGUGGAGAUGGGAUUAAUGAUGAUUUCAAGAGGGAGGUCUUUGUGAAUUGAAAAUGUUGGAAAAUAUGUGAGUUUUUAGGUUUGGAUUUUAUUUCUAAAUUUGUAAUAUUCUUCAUUUGAUUUUAACCCCUUAAACCCUAAAUUCCUAAUUUGGCCUCCAACAUCACUAACCUAACUUUUAAACAAAACUUAUCCCUACUAAAAUCCCCAAAACCACAUCCAAAUCACUCUCCCUUCCACACUAUUACUACCAACCAACCCUAAUCUCACUAUUAAGAGUAUUUCAACUUGU